CCUCCCCUUUUUUUUUUCUAUUUCUUUUUCUCUUUCCUCCCUUCUCUUUACAUACACAUACAACAUGGUCAACCAAGCUUUUGUUAACGUUGGACGAUGGUCAGCUCUUGCCUUUGGUCUCGUAUACGGUUACACUCACAACAUUAGUUUGAACAAGCAAGCUGAAGAACAACAAAAGCUAGCUGAAUACCGCCAUAAAGAAAGCCUUAUUGCACAAGCCAAGGCUGCUUAUGCCAAACAACAAUUGAUCAAGGCUGACCCUUCCCCUGUCGCUAUGGAAUUAGACUUUGAAAACCCCGAUUUUGAUUUCGAAAAGUACCUCGCUAGCGUUACGAUCGAUGAACAAUAGUUUUAUCAAGUACAAUUUUUAGAUCACUAUCCGCAUUUGUAGUUUUCCUCCUCUUUCUCUCAUCUUUCUUACUAUGUUGUCCCUGUUAUUCUUUUUUAUCUGACAUUUUUGUUACUCUCUAUAUAUUUUUUUUUACAUGUUAUGUUUUUUUUUUUUUGGAAAUAAAAUUAUAUAUUGAUUCCUAGA